AUGGCAUUUAAUGGUACUUGGAAAGUAGAGAAAAAUGAAAACUAUGAAAAAUUCAUGGAAGCGAUGGGCGUUAACUUGAUGAAAAGAAAGUUAGGAGCCCAUGAUAAUCUGAAGAUCACAAUUCAGCAAAAUGGAAAUAAAUUUCUUGUCAAAGAAUCAAGCAACUUCCGUACCAUCGACAUUGAAUUCACUCUGGGAGUCAGCUUUGAAUACAGUCUGGCUGAUGGGACUGAACUUUCAGGUUCUUGGAACUUGGAAGGAAAUAAACUCGUAGGAACAUUUACUAGGAAAGAUAAUGGAAAAGUACUCACAGCAUAUAGAGAAAUUGUAGGCAGUGAACUCGUUCAGACCUAUGUGUAUGAAGGAGUUGAAGCCAAGAGAAUCUUCAAAAAGGAGUAA